UGCUGGUGCCUUCCCUGAGGUCAUCAUCACCUGGGAGCUGCCUGUUAUCAGCCCAGGCUUGUCCCAACCGAGGGAAUAGAAAAACUGUUUGUUUGAAUUAUACACACAAAAACAUUUUCUGCAGCGGGUUAUAAACCCUGUGAAGUAAUGAAGCUGAAAAAUAGGCCUGGAGUAAGUUUGCUCCCAUCUGCCUUCAGGGCUACUCCCACCCUGGACCUUGUUUAUUGAUUCAAGCUCAACCGGUUUCAGCAAGAAAGUCUUAUCAGGAGAGAACUGAUUUUCUUUUUAUGACCUGCUCCAGCCCUCCAGCACAAGUCCAACUGGCAUGAGUAAGCACCCUUCUGGAUAUUGUCUUUUCCAGGACCCACGAGUGCCCCCUUAUGGCAAAAAAAAAAAAAAAAAAAAAAAAAAACGUAGUACAAAGGUGAGGCAAAAGGGUCUGAGCUGGGACGGAACCUGAAUUGAUGUUUGACGGCCACAAUUUGCUGCCUUGACUCUGGGCACGCAGAAAACAGAGAAGGUUGGCCUAGAUAAGCUAAGGUCUCUUCCAGUCUGAAAAGUCUGAUCCUAAAGACCCUCCACUGCCUCCCUGCGCCCCAUCCUGUCUGCACUUGGUCACCAUCCACAGCUUGUACACUGAAGGGAGAAUGCACAGCUGGGCACACUUUACCAUGUCCUGCCUCCUCCAUCUUAACUGAGUGGAAAAGGAGAGAGUUGGGGCUGGUGGGUGGGUGGAUACUUUUUUUUUGAAGCACUACAUGCAUGGCAUGUGGGAUCUUGAAAUUCCCUGACUAGGACCAAGGACCAAGGACCAAACCCAUGCAUACCCCUUGCAAUGGAAGUGCAGAGUCUUAACCACCAGGGAGGUCCCUAGAUGAAUCCUUUUUGGUGCUAGAAGCAACAUGGCUUUGAAACAUGCAUCCCCUUUUAGGCCCAUUCUUGAAAACUGAUUUCUUUUCAAGGAAAAAAGAUAUUAGUAAACAUUUAGGAUAGAGAACUUUGACCUCCUCUGCCUGCCCUCCCCCACUCCCUACCCUGGGCAAGAGUGGCAAUCAUUUCUGGGCAGAAUUCCUUCAACAAAUAUUGAGGAGCUACUGUGUCACGAACUGGGCAGAGAGGAGUAAGACCUGGUCACAAAACCAAGGACUUAAGAAUUCUUCACAGAGGUGAGGGCCUCAGAAGCCUUAAUUCAGUUCAAUUCAGGCACUCAGUCGUGUCCAACUCUGCGACCCCAUGGACUGCAGCACACCAGGCUUCCCUGUCCAUCUCCCAAUUCCUGGAGCUUGCUCUAACUUAUGUCCAUUGAGUAGGUGAUGCCAUCCAACCAUCUCAUCCUCUGUCAUCCCCUUCUCCUCCUACCUUCAAUCUUUCUCAGCAUCAGGGUCUUUUCCAAAGCCUUAGGAGGGGACAAGUAAUGGAGGAUGUGAUGGCCCAUCAGAUUCCAGAACCCACACUUGGCUGAUCCUGGGAUUCCUCUAGAGAGGGUCUAGAGCAGUUCCUGACCAGUGUGGGGUAGAGCCCACUUCCAUCCUGUCCCUAGGUCUUUAGUGCUCUAUCCAGACAGGAGCAGAGAAGCCCCCUGGCCACCUUGGGCUGAGAUAUACUUCCCCAGGUCGAAUCAGCUCUCCUUAGAAUGUGAAGGGCCUGGUGAGGGGCCUGGGGUCACUGCCCUGCAAGAAACAGCCAAGGUCCCCAAGCCCCAGGUGUGUGCAUAGGGCUGGGGCUGAUCACAGGCACCCGAGCCCACCAGGUGGGGGCUGCUGCCAGUGGGGCUGUGGCAAGUUGGAGUGUGGCAGUCACUUUGUCCUUGCGCAAGGCCCUUGCCCUCCAGAAACUCACAGCCUAAGCCGCUUCCAUCCCCACAUUUUCAAGCACGCUGGAGUCCAAGAGGGCCACCUUUCUCCCUGGUGCUCUGUCGCCUGACCCCUUCCUGAGAAACUCUGAGAAAGGACUAGAAAGAAGGGCUUCAGCAUUCUGGGCUCCCCACAACCCAGAAAGCCACUAAAGUGGUAUUUCUCGGGUCCGAUGGUGCUGCCCCGGGUGCGCCCCGCCACCUGGCAGGCUCAGCUCGGGACUGGGGAGCAGAGGAUACCAGGCUCGCUGAUUUGUUUUCAUCCUGGCCUCGCCGCGGGCAUACAGGGUCAUAGUUCCCCCACCAGGGAUCCAAUCGUGUCCCCUCCACUGGGAGCACAGAGUCUUAAGCACUGAACCACCAGGGAAGUCCUCACUGGGCUUUUGGGAAGAGCCGACCAGAAGGUAGUGUCAGAAGAGCCACAGAGGGGACACAAGGAGCAGACGCUCGCGUUUCCACGGCGUCCCUUGAGGGUGGAGGGGCGGGGACUGCGGCCCAUCGCCAAGCGCGGGGGCAUCUGAAGGUGCUUCUACCCCGACAGUCCUCCACACAGGCCACCCCCGGCACCUCUGAGCUCCUAAGGGCCCUAGGGGCUCGCCUCAACACAACCGCAGGCUUCAGUUACCACUUCCAUCAAGAGGCUGAUCGCCGCCUGCUGGAGACAAAACGCCGGAAGCCGGCAGCGCAGGCACGCCGAGCUCAGCGACGGCCCCGCCCCUCGCCCCAUGCCUCAUCGCCCCGCCCCUUUCGCCCUCUGGGCGUGGCUAAGUGCCGCUUCCCCCGGAAGUCCGGAACCCAGCUGAACGUCCCGCCCAGCUGGGCGCUGGCCCUCCUUCAUACGGCGCGAGGGUGGGUCCUUGUCUCCUGCUCCCCGACUUAGGUGUUCAGUCCCAUCUCCUAAGAGGUCCUGAGUCCCCACCGCGCCUCCCACAGCCCAGUCUCAGCUGCAAGCUGCUGCAGAGCCUGGAGCCAGGAAAGGAACUCGUUUCCCCUCCCCGGCCCUGCGGAACCAGGUGGGGUCCUCGCCCCGCUCCCCAGCCUCGCCGUCCACACUCAUCCGCCCGCUCCCCGGGGCCCCUGGCCGCCCGCCCAUGGCCCAGAAGCCGAAGGUAGACCCCCACGUCGGUCGGCUGGGGUACCUGCAGGCGCUGGUCACGGAAUUCCAGCAGACGCAGAGCCAAGACGCCAAGGAGCAAGUGCUGGCCAACCUCGCCAACUUCGCCUAUGACCCCGGUAACUACCAGUAUCUGCGGCAGCUGCAGGUCUUGGAUUUAUUCCUCGAUUCGCUGUCGGAAGAGAAUGAGACCCUGGUGGAGUUUGCUAUUGGCGGCCUCUGCAACCUUUGCGCUGACAGGGCCAACAGGGAACACAUCCUGCAGGCGGGGGGCGUCCCCCUCAUCGUCAACUGCCUGUCCAGCCCCAGCGAGGAGACCGUACUGUCCGCCGUGACCGCGCUCAUGGGCCUGGGCUCACCCGGCGCGCGCCCCCACCCCGAGCUGACGGCCCGGCCCGUGGUCCAGUGCAUGCUGCGCUUCUCUCUGUCGGCCAGCGCCCGGCUCCGAAACCUGGCCCAGAUCUUCCUGGAAGACUUCUGCUCCCCCAGCCAGGUGGCUGAGGCCCGCAGCUGGCGAGCGGAUGCCGCCCUGGGGAUCCCCCUGCCGAGGACGGAGGGCCCCCAGCAGUCCUGACCCAAUGCCCGCUGGACGAAACUGAAACCCUGGUUGGGGCUCAGGGAGAGGCGGCGCCCUGUCCUCUAACGGCGCGCGCUCGGCCCAUUUCAAGGUGCGUUUUCUCGGCACGGCAGGUAUUUGCACUGUGAUGAAAGGCCCCAGACGAGUGAGGAAGCCAGGCCUUGAGACGCGUGGACGGGGAAGUUGAAGAUGCUGCCAAAGAGGCCCUCGUGCUGGCCCACCCCCCACCCCAGCCGGGUCUUACCCUCCAGGAGGAAGCAGCGCGGUCCCUGGACUCGGAGGCUUCGCAGAAGAUGUUUAUCCUGAGGAACAGCUGGGCCUGGAGCUUAGGAGAAUUGUCUGAGCUUGAGGAAGGAAGCAUUCUCCCCUAACAGAGAGGUGUCUGGAGUCAUUUUGAAACGCAGAAAUGAGAAGCCUUGUUGUUCAAAGUAUAUUGCGGCUCCAGGAAGCUGAGGGCGGUGUUGUGCCCCUGUCUGUGGAGGCUGGGUACCUGCCCCACAAGGUCUCCAAGCCGGGCCUUUGGCCUGGCGGAUGCUAGCCCUGAGAACUCUCUGGCUUAACUGUUGAUCUGCACAGACCUGUCAGCCAGACACCACGGUAGGGCGCCUCAAAGACCAGAGCGUGCCCCGUGCUGUUGAGAGUCCAGCCCAGUGACUGUUACCGUGGCUGUGAGGGUGAUGACACGUCAGAGGACAGGCACGGACUCUUCGAGCGGUGUCUCCUCCCCUCCCCACCCCACGGUCCCUGCUUGGAAGCCCUGGCCCGCCUUCUCUGCCAUCAGGGUUAGUGAGGGGGGAUGCUGUGCCUGGAAGCACGUCUGGGGCUCAGUCGGGCCUAGGGGAUGCAAGAGGGCUGCUGAAGGGAGAGGGGACCAGCUGCUGGCAUACAGUGCAGGGCUUAGAGUCCAGUGGACACCGUUCAGCAUGGGGGAAGGGGUGUGGGUCCCCGUGGAAAGCUGGGGUUCGGGAGCAGGGGAAGGUCCUGGCCCCCCUUAAGGUUGACCUCUUACAUGACCAAGGAAUGGCGGCUCCGAGAGGAACGGUGUCCAGGUGGACGUGGAGGUGGGCGGAUUAUGGGACUAAUGGACUAAGGAGCCCAGAGGGAGGGAGGUGAAGACCUCCUCAUCGGCCUGUAUCCUCCCCCACCCCCCACCCCUCCCCCCGCCCCUCCCCCCGCCGGAGAGUCCCGACUCUUCCCUUUCCCAAAUAAAAGGCCUUAAGAGAGCAGCGAGCCAAAGCGUUUUAUUUAAAAGAUGUGUGUUCUCCCAGCGCGUUUCUGGCCGGCGCGGUGCUUAGGGGUCACCGCCUCAAGGCUGCACGGGGACUCGGUUCUGCCCGGCUUUCCUGCCCGUCUGCCUCGCCCUACUCCGGCCUCAUUGUUGGGGAAGCCCCAGGCCGUCGGGGUCCGGAGGCAGGGCUCGCCGCUUGCUGUCUAUAAUCUCCCUCCAGUUGUCGCUCCAGGAGCGCAGCCGUCUCCGAGGCGGGGGCAGGGCCAGGUGCUGGUUGUGGCAGCAGGUGAACAGGAUGUGCUCCCAGCUGGGGCUCUCCUCGUGGCCUGGGCAGGGAGGCAGAGAACCCGAGGUCCCUAAUCUGGUUAUCUGUACUCCCUCCCCCUAAUCCCAGCAGGCCAGAUGUCUGGAGACUGCUAAGGAAAAAGGCUCCCCACCUUGAAUGACCUCCUUGUCAUCAAUGAGUAGGUCCCCCGAGAUCAUUGUCUUGUCCCUCGUCAAGAUAAUGCGCUCCACAAACUGGGGUCCCAGGUGCUUCUCCACCCAGCGGUACUGUGAGGUGGGCACAGGGUCAGUAGGGCAAGAUGGGCCCCUGAACUCAGGGCCAGUAGGUGUGAGGGAGGGUCUACAGCUUGUGAGAUACCCCCUCCACUGCCCCCCCCCCCCCAAUUUUCUGUGUUUCUGCUGGUGUGUUGGGUUUUUUUUUUUUUUUUGGCUAGGUCAUGCAGCAUGCGGGAUCUCAGUUGCCCGACCAGGGAUUGAACCCGUGCCUCCUUGCAUUGGCAGCACAGAGUCUUAAUCUCUGAACUGCUAGGGAAGUCCCCUGAUGGUUUCUUUUAAAAAAUCAUAAUUUAGGAAGCUAAGGUUGCCCGUGGAGCGCUGGGGCAGCCGCACCUUCUCCUGCACACAGUGGUCGUACUUCAUCAGAGGGCUUGUGCAGAUGAAGACCUGGGUGCUGCUGGGAGGGGGCACGAUUAGACGGGGUGGUGCCCGCCCCUGCCCCCCAGCCCCCACUCCCUCGCCGCCCUUCCUCACUCCUGCAUGUCAUUCAUCUCCCGCAUGGCUUCCAAGGCUCCAGGGAUGGGCUCCAAGUCUAGGAAAAAGCCUGGGGCUUCAUACACACUGGCUACUUUGUCCUGAAAGAUACAGCGUUCCCGUCCUGGCUCUGCUCCAGACCUCAACCCCUCCCCCCUACACACACACCUCCCCCGCGCACACACAGCAAGGGCUCACAGGUGAGGUUCCUGGGGAGCUUUGGUCCCCAAAUCAGAGUCCCGGGUGGAGGAUUUUGUUUAGCAGUAAGGAAACAACCCCAACCCCCAGACUGUCUAGUCCCAAGUGAAGUGUGGAUUCUGAAGUGAGCUUUGUUCAUUUUAAACAGGAAGGUGUCUGGACACGGAGCAGAGACAGUACUGACCCAGGGGAGAGGUCCCCCGUCCCCGGAUGUCCUGUGGGGUCCGGGCUCCCCGCUCCCCUCGCGCCGCACCCUUCCUGUCCACCCUCUCCCUACCGCCAGGUCCGGGCGCAGCGCCCGGUACUGCUCGUUCGCGAAGAAGCCGCGGCGCUCCUCCAGCGGCACGUGCGGCUCCCCGGGGAACCGUUGGAGGAAGCCCCGCAGCAGGCCGGCCUCGAAGUCCGCCAGCACGCCGUCCAUGUCCACCAGCACCCGCACGGGCCGCGCGCGCCCCGCCGGCAUCCUCAUCGCCAGCGCCGCGAGGCAGGGGACCCGGGGGAAACGCGGAACCGGCCGCUUCCGGAGCCGCGGCGAGCGGGGCGGGGCCGGGCCUAUUUGCUUAGGCGCCCGGGUGCCCCGCCCGCCUGCCGGAGCCCCGGGCCUUCCCCAGCGCCCGCGACCGGGCGUGGCGGUGCCAGAGCCGCGCCUCUGGUCUGAGGGUGCGACUGCGUGGACAUCAGCCGCCCUCCCUCACCCCAAACGUUACUAGGCCAGACCUUCCGGGGGUCCCCUGGACUGUCCUGAAUACUGGGGAGCGUCGUCUUAAACCUGUGGGCCGGCUCCGGCUUUCUCAGAACCCACACUUGCUCACCCCGCGGGGACAGGAGGAGAGCUUCCUCCCGCUGCGUCAAGGCAGCACCAACCCAAGGCCAGAAACUCGGGGACUCCCAGUAGCUGAAGUGAGUGAAUCUGAAGACAACAGGCUCUUGGGACAGCUCCUCAGAGAUGAAUUCACAAACCAGAGUUGGCUUGAAACAUGGGAGCAUCUACUUCAAACCUGUUCUACCUGGAAGAGGUGACUUUCCACCAGGCUCAGGUAAUCGGGACCAUCCUUUCUGUGGAAUUGAUUUUUCUCUAGAAUCCUCCUGUUAUAUCCUCCUCUGCGAAAAUGCUGGUCACUGCUAACUUCUGUUGACUCUCAAUUUUUUGUAGAUUUCAUGUAAUUUAUUUCCUGAAUUCAUGUAAAUAUGCUGUGCUUAGUUACUCAGUCGAGUCCAACUCUGCGACCCUAUCGACUGUAGCCCGCCAGGCUCUUCUGUCCAUGGGGUUUUCUGGGCAAGAAUACUGGAGUGAGUUGCCAUGUCCUCCUCCAGGAUAUCUUCCCAACCCAGGAUCAAACCCAAGUCUCCCGCAUUGCAGGCGGAUUCUUUACCAUCUGAGUCACCAGGGAAGCUCACAUGUAAAUAUAUUUACUACAAACUAGAUUCAGAUUUGAGUGACUGACCCAUCUUCCUGAUGCUUCUGUUCCAUUGGGUCUGAACACCCCAGUACUUCUAAAUGGAACAGAAGCAUCAGGAAGGGAAGCCUGGUGAUCUAAUUUUAAAACACUUAAGAAGUAGACUGCUGCUGCUGCUGCUGCCAAGUCGCAGUGGUCAUGUCCGACUCUUAGCAACCCCAGGACUGCAGCCCACCAGGCUCCUCUGUCCAUGGGAUUUUCCAGGCAAGAGUACUGGAGUGGGGUGCCAUUGCCUUCUCCGAGGAAGGAGACUAGGUAUUAGCAAUAAAUACCAAGCCACUUAAGUCACAUAACUGUGUAAAAACCAAGACUGUCAUCAAAAUGCUGACUCUUCUGCCAUCAUCAUUUUAAGUUCAACUUCACUUUCUAAACCAUAAGCUUUCUAAGGGGAAAAAUUCAACACCCUUAGCAAACAUGUUUAUGAAGAAUUUAAAAAACCUGUAUUAGUACCAAAAUGACUGGCAGAGCUCCUUCACAACACUUUUGGACUAGGCACUCACCUUCAUAGCAGAGAACUAAAGCCAAGUUACAGUUCUGACACAAAUCAGGGAGCUGUCUUUCCCAGGUCUGUCUAGUUACUGAGAGAGAAGGGUGCAGGUUUCCUGCCUCUUUAGUUCCAACAGAAACCUUAUCUCAGGUUAUUUGUAGGAUUAAUCUGUUUUAGUGAAACUGGAAAAAUUGUAUAGCACAGCUGCCCAUUUUGCAAAAUAAUAAGGAAGAAAAACAACACCCCCAAAACCUAUGAUUACCCUUUUUCUUCCCAAAGAGAUGCUUAUUAAGUCAAAUGAGCUGGUGGUUACACACCAAGCUUAAGCCAUUUCAACCAUGGUGGGGGGUGGCUAAAGGUGACCUGUUUCAAAAAUUUUUUUUUUUUUAACUUUUUGGGCACGCCCCUAGGAUCUUAGUUCCCCAACCAGUGCCCCCUUAAAAGCAUGGAGUCUUAGCCACUGGGCCACCAAGGAAGUACCCAAAACUCUUAAAGUUAGGAAUCGAGCUUCCAAAUGACAAGCCCAAGGAACGCUGCCGAUGAGCGGCACAGGUACACCGAGAAAGCCAUCGGACAGUGCCCGGUUUGGACGUUUAAUACCUCGAUCUGGAACCUUCUCCCUAGAACCCAGUGUGCCUUCUCCAAUCUCCUGUAUCACUUGACAGGACUCAGAUGACCUUGUCCCCUUCUGGCUACAUGACCCUUUUCUUUGGAGCCCUCUUCUUUGAUCACCCACCAUGAAGAGGCAUCCGGUAGGCAUGAGAGAACUUAAAAUGUUAAUGUUAUCACCCAGCAAAGGAGGAUAAGUGGUAGAGGAGUCCAAAGUGUACUGGCUAAUAAUUGUUCUGGAAGCCAGGUAUCUGUAUUAUUCCUGUCUUUUACUACCAGAUGUUACUUAAUGUUCAUUUUGGCAUUCUGAACUCACACUGACUUUAAACCUGUUUCUUUAGAGAAGCCCACUUCUCUCUAGGCCUUCCUUACCUCUGUUUUAAUUCGAAGGGCUCAUCAAAUCAUUGGCUAGCAGGAUUGUUAGUAACAAAGAAAAAAGCAACUAAGCAGGUAGAAUUGCGGAAACAAUCUCAAAAAGACGACACAGGACACAGUGUUUCAAAAUUUGUACAUCGUUUACUUUAAGCAACAGUCCAGGAUUGUGAAGUACAACACACAUUUUAAGGAUGAGACUUUCGUUUCAUGGUCAAGCACCAGCAUCAUGCACACAGCUUCAAGUUAUCUAAGAAGAGCACUGCCCCCAGCGGGUCCCUGCCCCAUGAAGACCCCGCCCCUGCUUCACCACCUGGAAUUCAUCAGUCUGAGUGAACAUCAAGCCUUCCUCUGCGUGGGAGCAGCAGGCUUUGCUCAGCCCGUCAUGUUAAGUAUCUGGCUUAAAUAUAUCUUAAGGUUCAGAAAUAAAAGGCAAUUUUUUGUUUUACUUUUUUUUGCUUUGCAGGCGGCAAGGCAUAGGGCGCAGGCCUUUUAUCGCUCCGUAUGGCACAGGAAGAUGCUUUUUAGCAAAGGGCACUGACAGGGCAACACCAGGUAGGUUUCGGCAUCAAGACAACUUUGCUUGGGGGCCUGAAGGGACAGCGCCUGUGGACUGUUCACUGGUCUGUCCCAUCCAGGCUUGGUAAACCCAAGUAAAGCUGACCAAAAAAGGGUUUUAAAAACCUCAGUACAAAAGAUCCUCUAACACAUUUGAAACCAAAUGGUUUGUUCUUAAAAACACGGUACUAAGUGUCACAAAGCUUUCCCUCCAAUCUACUACUAGAAAACACUCAUGCCAAGGCCUACAGACCCAGAGGAAUCAGGACAGACAGAGAACCUGUUCUUCCAAAAAAUAAAAAUAAAAUAAAAAGACAGCAGUACAUAAAGUGCUUCUUUUUUAAUGAAACAAAUCCAAAAGAUGUACAGUCAGGCUCAAGUUGUGCAGUUCACAAGCAUGGAAAAAACAAAGGAACAGAACGACAGAGUUCGGGGCAGACGGAGCUAACCCAGGACGAGGCUGGACUUGCCACCAGGGGGGUUUCUCCGGGAUGGCACAGGUGCCGGCGCCACUGGGCUGGGCACAGGGGCGGCGGGCACAGGCUUCUCCUCGCUCUGCCCCAGGCUGGCCUGCAAGUCUGUGUCCACGUUUUCUAGGAAAACAGAAUGAAAUUAAGACUAAUAACUAUUCCCCGUGAAGAUGAGUCUAAGCUUUUUGGAGGGGCUUUGGAGGAUGGUUCAAACCAUGCCUAGAGCUAUAAAGAAAAAAACAAUUGGCACGUGGCCGCUAUCCAGAACCAGCCACUGUUAGUGUUCUGCCACGUGUCCCCCUAAAUUACAUAAAUACAUGGCAACAUAAAUGUUUUAAGUGUGAACAUUACAGAUGAGCUCCAGGUCCACCACUCCACUUCUGGGUGGGUCUCCUCUCCCUAUUUCCAGAGGCCCUACUACUAGUGUGCAUUCCUCUAGUCCAUUUAUUUUACGUAAGCUUUGUGUAUUUUAUUUCCAGCAUAUCACAGACGAUCUUGUUUUUAUUGUAUUUAACAUAACUGAUAUCAACUUGUACCUUUUGGAAAUUUACCCCCACUUACACACAUGGUCAGGCGCUUCCCUGGUGGCUCAGUGCUAAAGAAUCCGCCUGCAAUGCAGGAGACUCAGGUUCAGUCCCUGGGGCGAGAAGAUUCCCCUGGAGGAGGAAAUGGCAACCACUUCACUCCAGUAAUCUUGUCAGAGAAAUCCCAUGGACAGAGGAGCCUGGGAGGGCUACAGUCUAUGGGGUCACAAGAGUCAGACCCGACUGAGCAACUAAACCACAUACACAUGGUCACACUUCAUCUUGCUCAAUUCACUGCUUUCUAGUAUAAAUACAGUAUAUAUGAUUAAUCCUCUGCUGACAGCCAAAAAGUGAAACCAGUCUGACCAUUCUGAAACCGCAACGCGUGUACUCUGGAACACGGGCCCAGGGGACACACGUGGUCGUCUUCAGUGUGAACAGAGGCUGGGCGCCUCCUUCCAGGUCCACUCCUUCCCAGGUCCACUCUACCGCCCACGCCAGAGCAUCCUCUCCUCACAUCUGCCCACUUCCCCCACUUGAUAACCACCUCACCUUUAUAUCUGCUAAGUGAUGGGUGAAAAAAUAUUAUUUAAUUCUGUCAUAUAUUAACAUAUCCAUGAUUAACGAGGCUGACUUUUUAAAAACCAUAUAAUAACCAGCUGUACAGACAUUUAUUAAAGACUCCACCCAACCCACUGAUGGUUCAUUAUCUUAAUCCAGUUACUCCCAUCAUAUCAACCCUGCCCUUUCCUCAUUAAAGUCUUAAGAACCAGUGUUAUUAUCAUCCAACACAUCCAGUCCUAGAAACUGCUUGACUGAUUCCCAGACUGACUUGUGAAAUCCUCAACCAGCAUAUAGGAAUCCUUAACCAGGUUGUUGCCACGGAUUCAGAUUCAAGAGUGAUUGCAAAAGAAAAAAAAUGCGUUAUUUUCUGCAAAAGGUAAUUUUUAUGAAGAGUUUAAUAGUUUAAGGCAUGUCAGACUUAUUUUUAAUUAAAAAAAAAAAAAGCCAGCUCUCUUCAUUUCAGUGUUAAAUCUUAAAUUCUGUUGCAUAUUCUAACACCUACCUUGCAAUAAUCACACAGAGGCACCUUUAGUAUAAAAAUGUAAGAUAUUUAUAAGAAUUGGAAGAAAAACUACCUUAAGGUUUAAAGACAUUUAUUUCCUCCUAGAUUAGAAGUUCCAAAACCCUGGAGCAGCGAAGCAGAAAUACUGGUUAUGACAUAUGCUAUGUAAGAAUUUUGUAAGCACUCAUAUUAGACACCAACGCAAAGUACUAACUCCAAAAAAAUUACUCAUUAAAAAAAAAGUUCCUCAUCA